UCAUAUUCAUUCAAAAUGCGUUUGACGGCAGUCAUUGCUAUACUGUCAGCGGUGCUGGGCAUCGGUAGUGCCACACAGUGGUGGGAGAGUGGCAAUUAUUAUCAGAUUUAUCCACGAUCAUUUCGGGACUCUGAUGGAGACGGCAUUGGAGAUCUAAAUGGUGUCACCGAGAAGUUGCAGUACCUGAAGGACAUUGGUUUUACGGCCACUUGGCUAUCACCAAUUUUCAAAUCGCCCAUGGUGGACUUUGGCUAUGACAUUGCAGACUUCUAUCAAAUACACCCAGAGUAUGGAACCAUGGAGGACUUUGAGCGCCUGAUUGCGCACGCCAAGGAGGUGGGCAUCCGAAUAAUUCUGGACUUUGUUCCCAAUCAUUCAAGCGACCAAAGCGAAUGGUUCCUCAAGUCAGUCGAUGGCGAUCCCGUUUACAAGGACUAUUAUAUCUGGCACGACGGCAAGAUCAACGAGGAAACUGGUGAGCGUGAGCCACCAAACAAUUGGGUCUCGGAAUUCCGUUACAGUGCCUGGGAAUGGAACGAGGUCAGACAACAGUACUAUUUACAUCAAUUUGCCACGGCGCAACCCGAUCUGAACUAUCGCAAUCCUGCCGUGGUGGCCGAAAUGAAGAAUGUCCUCAAGUUUUGGCUGGGAAAAGGAGUUGCUGGGUUCCGCAUCGAUGCGAUACCUUAUCUCUUUGAAGUUGACCUAGAUCGCUAUAAUCAGUACCCUGAUGAGCCGCUGUCGAAUGACCCCAGUUGCCCGGAUCCCGAUGAUCAUUGCUAUACGCAGCACAUUUACACCCAGGAUCAACCCGAGACCGUCGACAUGAUCUACCAAUGGCGUGAACUGGUCGAUGAGUUUCAUCAACAACAUGGCGGAGAUCCGCGUGUGCUUAUGACGGAAGCCUACACCAGCUUUGAAAAUAUUAUGAAAUUCUACGGAGAUGGUAUUCGCAAUGGUUCGCACAUUCCAUUCAACUUCGACUUCCUCUCAAACAUCAACAAUGCCUCGAAGGCAACGGAAUAUGUGGAGCACAUUGAAAAGUGGAUGAACGCUAUGCCGAAGGGAGUCUAUGCUAACUGGGUAUUGGGAAAUCAUGACAACAAGCGAGUUGCAUCCCGUUUUGGAGUUCAACGCAUUGAUCUGAUCAACAUCCUGCUGCAGACUUUGCCCGGACAUGCUGUCACCUACAAUGGCGAGGAGCUCGGCAUGACUGAUGUGUAUAUUAGCUGGGAGGAUACAGUCGAUCCCUCGGCCUGUAACUCCGAUCCAGAGCAUUACUAUGAACGAUCCCGUGAUCCAGCACGCACGCCUUAUCAAUGGGACGCCUCUUCCAUGGCGGGUUUCACCAGCGGAGAUUAUACCUGGCUGCCAGUAUCUGAUGAAUAUAAGACGAACAAUGCUCUGCAACAGCUUCGUGCCCCACAGUCGCAUCUGAAAAUCUUCAAGACACUUGUGCGUGUGAGGCAGGAACCUUCGUUCCGCACUGGCGAGCUGAAGAUUCAGGCAUUGGAUGAUGAUGUCUUGGUCUACUCCCGCCUUAAGCAAGGUAGCGAUAUUUAUGUCAUUGUGCUAAAUCUGGGUGAAACAGAGAAGAAUAUUGACCUCACAAAGUACUUCAACGUGGGUGCUGAGGCUGAAAUUAUAACCAGCUCAUUGCAAUCACAGUACAUCAAUGGAGAUACCGUCAAGACCUCUUCAUUUGUUGCCAAGGGCAAUGUGGGCACAGUUCUGGUGGGCAUCAACUAAAAUUCUAAUUAGAAACAUUUUAAGUUUAACAUGUUUUAAUAAUAAUAAAGAGUGAGUUCUAAAUGUAA